AUGACUUUUGAUUUAAGAAACUUUGUCAUAUUAUUGUUCCUAGCAGCAGUAAUUGUCGGGCUUGGGAACUUGGAGGCAAUGUCUGAGGAAAAUCCUCAAAAUCCAGCAAACGCUAAACUUGCUCAAGCAUUCGAGGAUUGGAUAAUCGAGUACAAGCCCGUUUACUCAAGUAAUGAAGAAAAGGAGAGACGUUUCGCCUACUUCAAGAAGUCGUUUGAGUCUGUGGAGAAUUUCAAGCAGUCAUUCAACCUAUUUGCUGAUCGUAGCGACGAUGAAAAGUCUAAGCCCUGCUUCUUGCCAAAUGUGUUGGAAAAGAAGAAAUUAAGGGAGGAUAUGUUUUGGCUAAACCUUAAACCCUCAAGCUAUUAUUAA